AGUGAGUGCUUUCGCAUCCUGGUGCGGGGCUCUGAGGGAGGACUGCGCAUCAUCAUCAGAGUUGCUGCCGAAGUUCGGCCGCGAACGGAUUUUGAUGCUGACAACAUGUACAUGAAUGACAGUAACCAAGAGUUUCGGUCACCAAACCAGAGCUACUCCAGUCAAGGCAGAGGUAACAGCGGUGGAGGAGGAGCAGGGGAUGAAGACUACGAGAUUCCUCCCAUCACACCACCAAACCAUGCCGACCCGUCUCUGCUCCAUCUCAUGGAACAUGAGUCAGGUUACCCCUUCCACUCUCUGCCUCACAAUGGUUUGCUCAACACCUACUCUUACCCCGAGCUGCCUGCCCUGAUGAUGUCCAACAUGCUGGGUCAGGACACUCACCUCCUCUCUGGGCCUAUGCACUCAAUAAGCAGUGAGAAGCGACCCUCAGCAGAAAUGAUGAAGCCCAAACCUAAACCUCAAAAGAAGAAGAAGAAGAAGGACCCCAACGAGCCACAGAAACCUGUGUCAGCAUAUGCGCUGUUUUUCAGAGACACCCAGGCUGCCAUCAAAGGCCAAAACCCGAAUGCUACAUUUGGGGAUGUCUCCAAAAUUGUGGCCUCUAUGUGGGACAGCCUAGGAGAGGAACAGAAACAGGGCUACAAGAGGAAAACCGAGGCAGCUAAGAAAGAGUACCUGAAAGCCUUGGCCGCGUACCGAGCCAGUCUGGUUUCCAAGACUUACAAUGACCCUGAACCAAAAAGUGCCCAGCAGACCAGUCAACCCUCCCACCUGCUGCCCCCGAAGCAGCCCCUGUACAGCAUGCCCCCUCAGUCCUCUUCACCCUACUUGGGCCCACCAGGGUCCUUUCCUCUGUCAGAGCUCCAGAGCUACGGCGGGCCACCCCGCCACACUCUGGCCCAGACCCUCAGCCAGCCUCAGAUGCUCCCACCCAGCAUGAGUGCCUCUCCCCCAGCACCCUUUCAGAUCAGCCCGCCUCUGCACCCGCACGCACAGCUCUCCCUGAACCAGAGCUCCCUGCUCAACCAGCCAAUCCGCAUGCAGCAGUCACAGCCAAUCAUCUCGCACCAAAUGGGGCUCCAGCCGUCUCUGCACUCCCCUCCUCUCAGCCAACAGGGAUUCUCCCAUCUUCAGGCUGAUUACCAGAACAGCGUGGGGGGCUCACAGUCUCCAGGGGCCCCCAAUCCGGUGCAUGGCCAGAACCCCGACUGGGAUAGCGAGUACUGCAACAGGGACUGUAGACCCAACCAUUGCGGCAGUGGCAUGUGAGCUCGAGACAAGCCUCUCUACCUCACUUGAAGUUGAAAGACCUCCACAUGUCAGACUCCAGGGAGCAUUCAAAAAUAACAACAGCAUCAUCGAUAUACCUGCUUUUAAACCAUUUUGAUUUUCUUUUUUUUUCUUUUUUUCUUCUUCUUUUUUUUUUUUACGGAUUUUGAAAAUCCCAAAGACUGCUGUGGUAACUUCCCCUUUUUGCCAAGCACUUAGAUCGACCAGAAGCCUGAAGCACCUCCCUUCUCUCUUUUUUUUCUAAUUAGUGACCUUUUUUGGAGGAGGCAGCGAGCUAUAAGCUCACGUCAGCAUACUGGAAAUGAAGACCAAAAAAUGUCUUCUCAUUGUGUGUUUUUUUUAUUAAGAGGAUUUCUCUUUAUUCCAUAACUGUGUUUUUGCCACUGACUACCCUUCUUAGGGAGAUAAAUGCUCAAAGCAUACUCGAAAGUAUAGAGGUCUUGGAUAGAAGUUCUAAUGCAGGAAACCAGAUAUAGUCACCUCAUCAGGGGUGGAUGUACUUCGGGACAGACUGAAACCCCCCCUGACUGACGGAAAGCAAAGCAACAUUUUAAUGAAAGUAUAGUCAUGAACACAUAAGACAUUUGUAAGUCUUUUUUUUCUUAGUAAAGGACUCCCUCUCUUUCAUUUAUUUAUCACAGAGUGAUUGUAAAUAUCACCAAAAUGGAUCCCUCUUAUGUGUGUAUUGAACUGCACUCCCUUGCUUUUUUUUUAAUAUCCUUUUUAUUUUUUUUGUUUGGUUGUGUGAUUUCUGAGCAGGUGGAUUCAGUGAGGAAAUACACACACUAAAGCUCGUGUUGAAACUAUGUUCACUGGUCUUGUUUCAUUCUGCAUAAGAGGGAAAUGCAGAGACUGAAAGAUGCUCGGUUUUCUCCUCCGCUGAUAGAGCUCUGAUCGAGUGUCACUCUCUUCACAUGGCCUCAGGACAUUUCAGAGCAGUAGGAGUCAAAUAUUGAGACCUCUCCUUUUAGCUCAUCCCUCUCUUGGUAAAUAAGGACCCCCCCACACACACACACCUGUAACCCCAGCCCUCAUCCCUUAGUCUUGCACCACUUGUACAGGUGAAUUUAAAAAAAAGUUGCUAAAUGUGAAAUGUUACUAAAGAAAAAAAACAUAACAGUGGGUUUUAAAGUUUUUUGACUAGUUUUAUUAGAUGUUUUAGCAUUGUGUUGAACUCAUCUUUAUCUUUUUUUUGUGAGGGGAAAAAAAAUUUGUUGAGAUACUUUUGUUUUGUUUUUCACUGUAGCAAGAUUUGCGUUGCAUCAGAAUGGUCAUGGAGGUAGAUGUUUUAAUUUUGUGUAUAAACCUGCCAAACAUACUUCUUUAUUUUGUAAAGCCAGUGACAAGAGAACCCAUUUUGUUUUGUUAAAUAUCAUUAUGUUUUACAAUUUGGUCAUUCUAUUUAAUUUGGUUGCAGGUUUCACCUCUAUUUAUGAAUUAUAUAAAGUAACAUUUUGGCUUAUUUUUAUCAGUGUGCAUUAUUAUGAUUAUUAUUAUUAUUAAGAUUAUUAUUAUU